CAGCAUGGCCAGUAUAGCCAGCGGAUAUUUCUUUUUUGAUGAACCCUCCCAUCUUUGACAACCAACAUCUUGUUUAUUUAUGGGUGCGACAACGCAGUCAUUCCAAAGAGCAGAACAGACGGACAGGUAGCCCUCAACCUUUUCGUUUCCUCCUUAACCAGAAACCAACAUCAAGAAGAAAGAUGACUGAUGGACUUUGUAUUGUGGGUUCACUGUUUGGGUCUGCAGAAGGACAGCAAGACUGUGGUUCGUGUUAUGUAAUAAACAUGGCGUCCGUAAUUGGCAUUAUUGCCUCUGAUAUAAUCUUGACCAUCUUCAUUGCUGUUUCUGUGUUCUGCUUUGCAACUCACCACAAGAGAAGGAGGGAAUGGGACUCUCAUGAUGGUAAAAGAAAUCUACAACCGUCAAUAUCAAAGAAAAUGGCAACAGAGGUGACAGAAUCUCCCUACCAGGAGUUACAUGGAGUCCAAUCAGAUGUGUACAGUGAGCUUCGGCACUUUAGGAAAUGAAACAAUGGCACUAUAAAAAUCCUACAAAUGUCAUGUAAUAUGGAGAAUACCACACACUCUUCUACAAACAUCUUGUUUUGCCACCUGCAGCACUAUAGGUAAAGACAUACAGUAUAUGGUAUGUUACAUAUGUAUUUUCCAUGUAAUGAUUUAUAUUUUAUUCACUGAGCACUGUGCUUUUUUGCUAAUCUUAAGUUGUCUUAAACAUGUAUUUGUAUUCAACUAAUUAUAAAUUAAACUACUAUUUUGAA